AUGAGAGGCAGUGGUUUUGUGCAGAUAUUCAAAGAUUUCUCCAAUUGGAGUACUGUAGCUGUGGUGCCGCAUGUGGCAAAUGCCAAUAAUAAGAUCUCCCGAAUCUUCUGGAUCGCCAUUUUCGUCUUUGUGCUUGGAAUGUUUGGUUAUGAGUUGUAUAUUCUGAUUGCCAAGUUCUUCUCCUAUCCGGCUACUGUUAAUACGGAGAUCUUGUUUCAGAAACAGAUCUUCCCCGUGGUCACUGUAUGCAACAUGAAUCCCUAUAAGUACUCGGUUGUCAAAUCAAACUCUGCUUUCCAAGGAGUCAAGAGCCUAAUGAAUGCCUAUUCGGCCGCCGUGGAUGGCACCUACACCGCUGACAAGUGGGGGCUCUACGAAGAAAAAACUGAGGAGUACGAUUUGGACGCUCGUGCCGCUGACGCCUUAGUCCUCGAGGCGAAUCUUAUCAGUGAGGCCAACAAAGCACCAGCCUUAUAUACAUAUGCGGAUCUAGUCCAGGAUUGUAGUUUUGCUGGAGCACCGUGUGCUGAGUCCGAUUUCAAAAAGUUCAUUGAUCCGGUUUAUGGAGCGUGCUACUCGUUCAACGAGGACGCCUCGUUAAACUAUUCUGUGAGCAGAGAAGGGAUACAGUUUGGAUUGAAAUUGAUGUUGACAGUAACGCAAACCAAAACGGGCGGCGCCACCGACUUCCUGCCAACAACUCGACUGGCUGGCGCGCGUGUCGGCGUGAACUCGCGAGGAAAUGAGCCAGGAUUAGAUUCGAACGGAAUCGAUGCAGGAGUUGGAUAUGAGAGUGCUGUUUCUGUCACAUUGACCCAACACGUGCGCGCCAAGCGUCCCUAUGGCAAGUGCCUAGACCGUGAGCCAGAAACCACCGACUAUUAUCAGGAUUACACAUAUACUUUGGAGACCUGUUUCAACGGGUGUAAACAACGGGAUACUGUAGCUAAAUGCAAUUGUGCUAAUCCAAGAAUGGCGUUGGGUCCGAGUGAUACUGCGUGUCAACCUGUUAAGGCGGAUUUGGACUGCCUGCAAACCCUUAAAGGAAACCAAACAAAUUCCAAUCCCAAUAUCGACCUGCUCGUCGAGUGCUCUUGUAGUCCUCCAUGUGAUGAAUCCACCUACACACCAACAGUAUCCCUGGCACAGUUUCCGUCUACUAGUUAUUAUGUCGCCACGUCAUCAACCGCAGGGGUCGGUAGCUGCUCCUCCUCCAACUCGAAUUUCGGCUCCAAAUCCGCUUGUCAAACAUGGUAUAAUAAUAACGGAAUGAUUCUACAAGUGUUUUUGGAGACGUUGAGUUAUGAGUUGUACACGGAGACCGCUGGGUAUACGGUGAGCAAUGUGAUCAACGAUUUGGGAGGACAAGCUGGCCUAUGGUUGGGGCUCUCAGUGAUUUCUGUCGUUGAGAUGACCGGAUUGCUUCUUGUUAUGGGCGCCUUCUGUGUGUCGGGUGGAGCUAUUAAGAUAGCGCCUGAUGAUGAUGAGAUAGAGAACGAUCACCGAAUUAAAGAUGUAGAAGAUGUCAAAAAAGAAAUCGACCAUAUGGAUAAACGUCAUGGAGAAAUGGAUAGCAGUGAUGAUGAGCCGGAGGAUAAGAAGGAAGAGGAAAAGAAGGUUCAGUAA